AUGGGCGACGACCGCAUGCCGAUGGCAAUUCUCGGUACAGCGCUACCGUUCCGAAGCUUCACUAUUCAGCGCUCCAAUGGAGCGACUCAAGUGCUCUGCUCGAUUCAAGUUGCCACCGUUCCGGCCGCGCCACCUCCGACCAUGAGCGACCCCGUGCGCGACCAGCGCUUCCAGAAAGUGCACAAUGACCCGAGAUUCGCUCGCAACUCGAAGCGCAAGAGCAAGCUGCAGAUCGACAGACGCUUCGCCGGAGCGCUCAAGGACGAGCGAUUCCAGAGUGUGCAGGGCAAGUACGACAAGUACGGACGGCGCAUCGAGAAGAAGGACAACGAGCUGAAGAAGUUCUACCGCCUGGACGAAGACGAGGGCGACGAAGAGCAGGAGGAAGAGGAGGAGCAAGAGGAGGAGAAGAAGGCCAACGCCGAGACUUCGUCCACGACCAGCUCCGACGAUGAUAAUGACGACGCCGAUGCUACCGUCGCCAAGAACAGCGAGAAGCUCUCGCGCCUCGAUUACCUGAACCGCAUGGCGCGUGGUGAGCUUGAGUCCGGCUCGGACAGCUCCGACUCGGACUCGGAGGACAGCGACGACGAGGAGGCCGUUGCUGCUGAAAAGGAAGAGGAAGAAGAUAUCCCCAUGGGCGAGGAGACCAAGCGCUUUGCUGUGCUCAACUGCGACUGGACGCGUAUCCGUGCUGUGGACCUUUUCGCGCUCUGCCAGUCGUUCGCUCCUCCCACGGGUGCGGUGCAGAACGUAACUAUUUAUCCGUCGGACUACGGUCUUCAGAAGAUGAAAGAGGAGCAGCAGCGCGGACCGCAGGGUCUCUGGGAUGAUGAGGACAAGGCCAAGGAGGCCAAGGAUGAGAAGCCGGAGACUGUCGAGGAGGAGGAGGCCGACGAUACGGGUGAUGAACAGGACGAUGCGGAGGAGGAGAAGGCAGAAAAGGCCGGCGGUGACAACGAGGACAGUGAUGACGACGUGGAAGGUGAGGAGGACUAUGACUCGGACGACCCGCUCGGCGUGAAGAAGAGCGUGACUAUCGAGGGCGAGUCGGACGGCUUCGACCGCGAAAAGCUGCGCAAGUACGAGCUGCAGAAGCUGCGCUAUUACUACGCGAUCGUGUCGUGCGACUCGGUUAAGACGGCCAGCACGAUCUUCGACCAGUGCGACCAGCUCGAGUACGAGACAUCGUCCAACGUCCUCGAUCUCCGGUACGUGCCGGACGACACGACCUUCGCUAACACGCCCAAGGAGUCGUGCGAUAGCGUCCCCGACCGGUACAAGCCGGCGAUCUUCGCCACGCUGGCGCUGCAGCAGACCGACGUGAAGCUCACGUGGGAGGAGGACGACGAGCAGCGUCUGGAGCUUCUCACUCGCCCUGCCGACUGGAAGGACGCCCACGACGAUGACUUCAAGGCCUACUUGGCGUCGGAUGUGUCGGACGCUUCCGAAGCUGAGGACGACAGCGAUGACAGUGACGCAGAUGAAGACGCUGAAGACGACGCGGAGGCUGCGGCUCCGGUCAGCAAGAAGAAUGCGAAGAAGGAGGCCAAGAUCAAGAAGCUGCGCAACCGCUACCGGUCGAUGUUGCUGGGCAGCGACGCAGAGGACGAAGACGACGACAACGCCCCGGAAGGAGGUCUGGGCGCGAGCAGCGAUGAGGACGAGGACGCUGGAGGUGACAUGGAGAUGUCGUUCACGCCCGGCGCGGGCGACGUGCUGAAGGCCAAGAAGCAGCGGGAGCUGGAGGAGAACGAGACGCCGUUCGAGCGCUACACGCGCGAGAAGAAGCAGGAGAAAAACCGCAAGCUGCACGAGAAGCGCGCGCGCCAGAAGCAGCUCGAGCGCGAGCAGCGAGAGGUCCUCAAGAAGAAGGGCCGCGGCGCCAAGGAGGCCAACCUCCUGCGUGAGGCUAUCACUGGUGGCGGCGACAGCAGCGACGGCGGCAACAGCGACAGCGACCAGGACGAGCGCAACUUCGACAUGAAGAAGAUCGCCAAGCAGGAGAAGGUCAAGUCUCUCAAGGGCAAGCGCCGCGCCAAGGAGAUGAAGAAGCUGGCCAAGCACAAGGCGGCCGGCGGACUGCAGGAGGGAUUCGAGUUCGACGCGGCCGACCCGCGUUUCGGCGCGCUGUACGCCAACGGCUCGCACUUCCAGCUGGACCCGACGGACCCCAAGUUCAAGAAGACGGAGGCCACGCAGGCCAUUUUCAAGGAGCGGCGGCAACGGUACGACCAGGAAGCCACGCAAGCCAAGCCCGCCAAGUCGGACUCGGCUGCUACUGCUGCCUCCAGCGACAACAGCAAGCACACGCUCAACGCCAUGGUGGAAAACCUCAAGCGGAAGUCGCAGCAGCAGCAGCAGGACAAGAAGAAGGCCAAGAAGCAGAAGAAGAGCAAGGCAUAA